CAAUUAUUGUAUAUCUAUAUCUACGACUUUCGGUUCUCAGACAAACUUCCGCUUUAUGAGCAUGCGUAGAUCAGUUUGAAACAAGGCAGCCCACGAUGGCCGCGAAUAGUGUGCUUUUAGGCUUGGUAGAAGAAUUCGUUUCAGGACAACAGGACAGCAAGGCCUCAGAAACAGCAACAGGUGUGAAAACUGGACAGUUCACAGUACUGGAGUUGGUUGAAGCAUUGGGGUUGAGUCUCACAAGUACACAGGCCCAAACAAGAGGCCGGGGAGUCCAGCUCCUCUCGCUGGUCCUGCAGGAGUGCUCUGGGAGCCUCUCGGAAAGGGAAGUGGAGGUCCUGGUAGCCUUUUAUGAAGACAGACUGAAGGACCAUUAUGCCAUCACACCAUAUGUCUUACAAGGGAUCAAAGCCCUGACAAAAUGCCCCAAGCUUCCUCCCGGCUUGUCGGUCUCCAUUUUGAGAUCUCUCUUCCAGGAUGUCCACGUGCAGUCCCUGAUGCUGAAAGAGCGAUCAUGUGCCUACACCAUCCUGAUCAAUCUGAUGCAGUCCAGGGAGGAAGAACUGAAGGGUUUGGGUGCGGACUUUGUCUUCGGUUUUGUCCAAGCGAUGGACGGGGAACGGGAUCCUCGAAACCUCCUCCUGGCCUUCCAGAUCGCAGGGAACAUCGUUCACCAAGGCUACGAGUUGGGUAAAUUCACAGAGGAGCUGUUUGAAGUGACAUCCUGCUAUUUCCCGAUAGACUUCUCUCCACCGCCGAACGACCCCCACGGCAUCACCCAGGAGGACCUCAUCCUGUCGCUGCGGUCCGUCCUGACAGGAACCGCCCGUUUUGCCGAGUACUUGCUGCCACUCAUCAUUGAGAAAGUGGACUCGGAUGUGCAGAGCGCCAAGCUGGACUCGCUGCAGACACUGACUGCCUGCACCACUUUGUACACAUACAAGGACCUGGCGGAGUUCCUGACAGGAUUGUGGUCCUCGUUACGCAGAGAGGUCUUCCAGACGACCAGUGAGAAGGUGGAGGCGACCAGCCUUUCGGCUGUGACUGCCCUCACGGCCUGCCUCUCCCGCUCCAUCCGCCACUCUGACUCUGAAGAUGGCCUGGAGGUCUUUCUGGACCUGGUCCUCGGAGACUGCAAGCACCACCUCUGCGAGCCCGACCUGAAACUGGUCUGGCCCAGCGCCAAGCUGCUGCAGGCUGCGGCUAGCACCUCCUACAGGGCGAGCCACAAAAUCGCAGCCUCCGUCGUGCCCCUGCUCCUGGAACAAUACAGCACCCACGCGGAGUGUGCUCAGAGGCGCACCCUGCUGGAGGUGGUGCAGGGCUUCGUCCAGCCGGCGCAGAAAAGCCUGCCUGGGGAAGGAGAGGAGAGCGUUCUGUCAGAGUUCCAGGAGCCCUUGUGCAGUCUGGUGUUCUCGGCGCUGUCCGAGUCUAGCGCGGGUCUCCAGGUUACCGCCAGCCGUGUUCUCUCAGCGCUGGGCCAGCAGCCAGGCCUGCUGUUGGCGUCGGACGUCGAAUUGGCCGCAGAACACCUGACCGGGCUGGUUCUGGAGGAGGACGAGCCGCAAGUCUGUUCGGCUGUCCAGGACUGCGCGUGCACCCUGGCCCGUCUGUACCCUGACGCUUUCACCUCAAAGAUGAUCCCAAAGCUGAAGUGGGAGAUCUUCUCCGAGCCGAUGGAGCAGGGUGAUGGGGAGGCCCCAGUGCAGAGACACACACGUCAGGCGGUGCGACAGCGGUGUGUGACAGUGCUGGCCGUGGUGUCCUCCCAGCCCAGCGUGGUACAGGAGAGCGCCCCCAUCCUGCUGGAGGUCCUCACCUCCGCACACUCAGGCAGCGGCUUGUUCUCAUUGGAGGAAAUGGUCUCCACGUGUCACAGCUUACAGCGGAUAGCAGCACAGGCGCAGAACACGGAGGAGACGGGGCGCUUCUUUCAUGACAUCAUCAUCCCGCGCCUGCUUGGGCUGGCCCUGCAGGCAGCUCUACAGGGUGAGAGCGAGGGGGCCCAGAGGAGCCCCCUGACAGAGGAGGCUGUGCUGACUGCUCUGGUCCCCAUGAUGAGCACCGCGUGUGGCCGGCUGCAGUCACAGAUGGCGGCCCUCACAGCCUCCCGGGCGGUUUCCCUCUUCCUGGACGGAGACGUGUCCUUCCUGCCCGAGAACGACUUCCCGUCCCCUCUCCAGCUACUGAAGAAGCAGCCGGAGGCCUGGGGCCGGUCUCAGUUGGUGUGCCUGCUCAUGGCUUGUGUGUGCUCCAUGCCAAGGACUGUGGAGAUUCCCCAGAUUGACAGACUGUUUGAGGAAUUGGAGGAGCUGAGCUGUACGUCUCCCCACCCCUUUUCUUAUACUUCAGCGGCAAAGUGCUUCGCAGGGCUGGUCAACAAGAGACCUGCAGGGGAGCUGCUGGACUCUGUGCUGGAGAGAACGGUGAAGAGGAUCAGCUCAGAGCUGGACUGUGCGUCCUCUUCCUUCCGUACGCAGGCUUUCACACUUCUGCUGUGGGUGGCCAAAGCCCUCCUUAUCCGAUACCAUCCCCUAUCCACAGCCCUGACGGACAAGCUGUUCUCCCUGCUGCUGGACCCCGAGCUGGCCAACAUGGCCGCCGAAAGCUUCACCGUGCUGCUGAGCGACCCGGCGGAUGUGCUGACUCGCUCCUGCCACGCCGACCUGCGCAUCAUGUACCGGCAGAGGUUCUUCUCCGAGAACUCGGCCAAGCUCUUCCAGGGCUUCAACUCGGCAGGCCAAGACAAGAAGCCGGGGUACCUGAAGGCGCUGUCCAACAUCGUGAACCACCUGCCGAGACAGGUCCAGCUCACCGAGCUCCCUGUGCUCCUGCCUCUCCUGCUGGAAGCGCUGUCCUCCCCGGAUAAGGGGGUGCAGCUGUCCACCCUGUCCUGCCUGUACCCCGUCCUGAUGGACCCCCCGCCGGCCCUCAAGCUGCAGGUGGACGGGCUGGUGUCCCACCUGCUGGAGCUCACCACCAGCCCUGGCAUGGAUGUGCGGAUUGCCAGCCUGCGCUGCCUGCACGCCCUCUGUCGACUCCCGGAGCACAUGAUCCUCCCGUUCCGUGCGCGGGUGAUACGCGCCCUGGCCGUGGCCGUCGACGACAAGAAGAGGCGGGUGAGGAAGGAGGCCGUGCUGGCACGGGGAGAGUGGUUCCUGGUGGGGUGUCCUGGAAGGUGAGGCAGACCCCGUGAAGCCACCCCACCCCGACCCCGUCCAGCCUGGGAGAGAUGGACAAUCCAUUUGGGGAAGACACCCCUGGGCCAUGGAGCCAGCCCCCCCACCCACCCCCAUGGAAAAACAGCCUCACCCCAAGGUGUUUGGCACUGUCGCCUUGAACCUUAAAUUUUUUUAUUUGUACCCUUCAUGUUCUCGUACUGCUUCUGCCGUGAACGCGCACAAAGUGAGGAGUUGGGCCACCGCAGGGUUACUUCACACACUGUGUUGACCAAGCCCACUCUAAACCCCCUCCCUUAAGGCAGACGGUACCAAACCAAGCACUGAGCUCUAUCCCGCUGCGGGCUGCAGAGGUGGCGGGAACAGGGGCAGCUACCCUCUACGGCCGCAACAGAUCAUGUACCGAAAUUACGCCUCUCACCCAAUCCUCUGGUGUACUCUACAGAAGAUAUGCUUAAUCACCCACCAAUUAAUGAGUCAAAGUCUUCUCUGAUAUUUUAACAGUAUUAAUGGCAAGAUUUCACAAGGUGACCUUAAAUCAAUUUUCUGGUGGGGAGAGCGUUUGCAUUUUGACAUCCGUUUGUAUUGUUCAAAGACUGACGCCGUUAUGUCGAUACUGACACUUUACAGCCACUUCACAACUGUAGUUAGAUCUUUUCACUGCGCCAACCAAUUUAAAAACCUCAUGGAAAAAAAUAUUACUUAUGCCAAGGAUAUUGUUAGAACAAUAUUUAAAUAUAACUUAACAUGUCAAUAAACCUUUUUGGUAAAUCUAUCAA